CGAAGACGCCGGAAACGACGAAACACUGCAGCCAUUUUGCAGCAGUUCCAGGACAGCAGGACUAGGCCAGCGGUCUCCGGACAAAGCGUCUAGAUAACGCAGAGUUAUGUCGGGGAAGACGGGCCAUAUCACCAUUCAAAAAGACAGAAGAUUUCCUCAGUUGGAGAGAUGCACAAAAUGCUGCAACAAUUUUCAUUGUCCCUUUUGUAUGGCCAGUAUAUUUAAGCCCUGCAGACCAGACAAAGUCAAAUUACACUUGAAAAGCCACUGUAAAAAAGCAGUCGUCCAUGGAGACUUCAUUAUUCACAGAUGCGGCCUGGGCUGUAGAGCAUCGCUCCAUUACCACUGUAUGUACUGCCCGACGACCAUUCUUAGGAGAGGCGAUUUUAAGAACCACUUACAAGUCUGUAAACAUAACCCGAAUUCAGAAUCGGCCUCAAAAACGCUAUCGGGCGCCGGUAGGCGGUGACCUCUCCGACGGUUAUAAACGCCCCAUCAGCCAUCAGUACAGCAGAGUCUGCUCCUUCGGUCCCAUACACGCCACCGGCCUCCGGUGCAGAUAAGACCGGUCUGACGAAAACAGACGCGCCGCCGUCCACCGCAGCAGCAGCAGCAAAGUUUCGCGUGCGCCCUGUAAUUAAAAAAAGAUGCCCUUCGUGCAAUAUCCUCAUCAAUAAAAACAACCUACCAAAGCACAUGGAGCGCAAACACGCGGAUCGGUCGCUAUCGGCCGUCGGUGAGACUUUUCAGCUCACGAGCCAAUGCGUAGAUGAGGCGAACGGGAUUUUCGCGGUUCUCAAAGCGGUAAAAGGCCACGGCGUCCCGCUUCACGUCCGAUACCAGACGCCGGGAGACGACAGCGGAGUCCUCUGCGAAUCGAACGAGUGCCAGAUGAACGUAGACGUGGCGCAGAGGAGCGGCAUCGCGUCGUACCAGUGCGUGCACAUCGGUGCGGCGAGCUUUUGCGGGUCUUCGGUGGAACGCGUCUCGCUGGAGGAAGGCAUUUUGACCGAGAUGGUGAGGGGGAAAUGGUUCAGCGAGAAAAAGAAAAAAGAAUGCCUCGCUCUGCAGGCGCUUGCUGAUGGUAGCUGCUCGCCCCUUUCCGUUCACGUUUCGAUCGGGAUCUCGUCGGCAGAGCGGUUCGUUUCGGUUUUUGAACCCAACGUAUCGUCUUACAGCCGUUUAGGCCGCGUCAUGGUCGCGUAUAACGCUAAAUUAGACUCUUGGCACUGUCCUUGUACCAAACUGCGCCGUUCGUGUCUGCACAAAUAUGUCGCCAAAUGGCAUUUGUUUCAAACGCAGCAGGAGCUUUUCAGAACUGAGGGAACGCCGUACAGGCCACGUUCGGAAGAAGAGGACAUUGCGGACCACAGGCAUGGGUAUCCACCGAAAGGUCUGGGGUUGAGGUGUAUGGUGAGUUACAUUCUCCAGAAAAAGAAGAUACCUGCCGUUCUUCCUGAAGAUAUGCGGGUGCCGUCAGCACUCAAAGAUUACCCACAACACCUCUGUCCGAAUGAGACCGUGUGUCAGGACUGUCCAGGGGAGGUGCUCCUCAGCGAUCCUAUGCUAAUUACACACAACGCCAAAAUCCUCACCAACUGGUGCAUCAUUAAAGAUGUCGCCACCUACAGCAAGCGGUGCCCGCAGUGUGGGAUGUUUUAUCGUUAUCAAGAGUGGAAAGAUCACCUCCAUAACUUCAAUGAUCACAUCAUCCUUGACAUACCCUUAUGUUUAACAUUGAGAAACCUUUUGCAGGUCCAUACUUCAAUGAGCAGGGCAGUUGAGUUUUUACGGCUUACCAGGAGUGGAGUUUCCACCUCCAGACACAAUGCUGGAUGCUUAUUUGCAGUUCGAAGCCCUGACAGAUCAUGA